CACUUAUUUACUCUCUUCUAUUCUCACUUAGUGUAUUCUUAUUUUUAACUUAUACUGCAGCUCUCCUGUGGUGGAAACCCUGUUCUAUCUAAACGAUCUCGAGUCACUAACUGGUCGAAAAUUGAAUGCUACCAUCGAAUACGAAUACUGAAAGUCUUUCUGAAACCGUAUAUACCAUUCAAACUGGCUUCCUUCAACGUCCGCACACUAAUGCAGAUCGGAAAACAGACAGGGUUGGCUAUGUCUUUAGAAUGUCUUAAUAUCGAUGUCUGUUGUAUAUCCGAGACCCGUAUUCAAGACUUUAGUGAGGUAUUACAAAUUUUCCCCCCAUAUGUAGCUUCAAGAGGCUUGUUUCACGCGCGUUUACCCGAGGAUCAUGUGGCAUUUCCGUCUGGUUUUGCUGGCAUUGGUGUCGCACUAAGCGCUAGAGCUGAGGUAGCACUGACCCAUUGGAUCCCCAUUAAUAGUCACUUAUGUGCUGCUAGACUAGAAAAUUCCAUCGAAGUGAGAAGAAAUCGGCGUGAGAAACCAUGCCUUUUCGUUAUCUCCACCUAUGCUCCGACAGAUUGCAGUCCGGAUGCAAUCAAGGAUAAAUUCUACCACCAGUUAACUGUUCUUCUCCAGAAAGUGCGUUCGACAGAUAUUGUAGUACUAGCCGGAGACUUGAAUGCUCAGGUUGGGCGUCUAUGUACAGAAAAGAGUGGUUUGGGUGGCCGAUGGAGGCUUGUUAGUCGCAGAACAGAUAAUGAGGACCGUCUACUGCAACUGUGCGCAGACUACAGCCUGUUUCUAGCUAGCACUAAAUCCCGGCACAGUCAUCGCCGAUGUGUUACCUGGCGUUCUCCCUCUAUAUCUCAGGCCUGGACUCAGAUUGAUCAUACCGUGAUCAGCUACCACUGGUGUGGUUGUGUAAAAGACUAUCACUCCUUUUGGAGUACCUAUCUGAUCUCUGAUCAUGCCCUUGUUUGCGCUAUUCUUAUUUUAAGUUUCAGUAGCCAACACAUUUAUUCUCCUAAAUGGAUCGAUGCCAGUAAAUUGGUUGAAGCUUCUGUUGCAGUUAAAUAUCAAACCGCGCUAGGUUCAAGGUUAGCUACCAUUCCACCGAAAAGUAUAGAUGAGCAUUGUUUGCAAUUGCAUGACGCCAUGAAAAUGGUGAGUAAAGCCACUUGCGGCUUCGCGAAACGUUCCACUGGGUUUCUUCAGGCUCCUUACAACUCAUCGAAGCCCGUCGAUCUACUCCAGGUGAUUGCAAGUUUGACUAUAUACGAAGAAAUUGGGCGAAGCUUGUGUAAGGACCGACAAGCCUGGUGUUCGGAGCGUGCUGAUGAGUUGGAAGCAGCAGCUGCAUCUGGUCACUGCGUAAGCUCUUCCAACUCACAGGCUGCAAAAAGUUUGUUUUGAGCGAAACAAUCUGUGAGGAUGACGGGAUGCCAGUCAAUAGCAUCUAUAGACGUCUUGAACGAUGGGCAAAGUUUUUCGAGGACCAGUUCAACUGGUUUGGUACCCUAGCAACAUUAAUCAGACUGUCCUACCCUACAUGGGCUGUGAUGACUGAUCCACGAAACGAGACGGAAGUCUGCAAGGAAUUCUAACUCUUGAAAGGCUAAAAAUUACCAGGCCCAGAUGAUUUACGUCCAGUCCUUUUCAAAGAUGGUUGGGACUUUCUUUUUAUUAAACUGACUGAGUUGUUUACAAAAGUUUGGCAGUUAGAGAGUGUUCCAGCAUCACGGGAUGAGUCGAUAAUUCUCCCUAUCUUUAAAAAGGGUUCACAUCGUUUCUGAACAACUAUUGUGGGAUAAGCCUGCUUUCGAUUGCGUCCAAACUACUGUCUUCCGUCAUACUUCGUAGAUUGUUCAAAACCCGAGGAAGAUUGAUUCGCGAGCAACAAGCAAGUUUUCGUCCUAAUCGAAUGUGUCUAUUGAAGAAGGGUGUGCCUGAGAAGUUUAUUAACAUCACAAAAGGCCUAUAUACAAAUACAUAAGGUAGAGUGAGGGCAUACAACGACCUUUCUCCGUUGUUUCAUUCAAGCAGUGCGGUUAGACAGGGCUGCCCAAUCUUACCAUUCCUCUUCAACUUUGCUAUGGAUGAAGUCCUGGAUACAGCUCUGAUGGAUGUAAAUGAUGGUGGUGUGGAUAUAUGUUGCGUGGAGAAUGACUUUUCGACCUUGAGGAUGCGGAUGAUAUUGCCUUACUGUGCGAUGAUACUCAAGCCAUGCAAUCUGAACUGAAAGGACCCUGAUCCUGCACUCACCCGGGGUAGUGAGCAGAUAGUAGUCGAGAAGUUCGUGUAUCUGGGUAGCUGCAUAAGUGCUGGUGGUGGCGUGAGUGAUCAGAUCAAUUCACG